AUGGAAAAUUUUAAGGUACCAUCAACUUAUGUAUAUCCAAAUGAUAUGUGUGAAUUGAUAAGAACAUUAACAAAUAUAAUAGAAAAUAAAACAAAAGUAGACAUUGAUAAAAAAAAAAUAUGGGAUAUAAUAAAUAAUAUAUAUGAUCAAUGGAUAAAAGUAGCAGAAAGAGAAAAAGAAAAAGAUGAAAAGGACUAUUACAAACUAAUAUCAUUUUUAACGUUAGUUUUAUCAACAAAUUGGUUUAAUGAAGAGCAAGAGGAAAUAGAAUACAUUGUUAAUGAAAUUUAUUACAGUAAUAUGGGAAUAACUCAAUCAUUUUCAGAGGAAGAAGUUACAAAAGCAAUUGAAAAUUCAUUAGGAGCCGAAAUAAAAAAGUGUAUAAUUAAUAAAAAUGACUUAAUAAUAGAAUUCAUAAAAGGUGAUUAUGGUGAAGGAAUUUUUGAUGGAAAAAUUGUAUUAAAUAUAAAUGAUGGUCUGUUUUUGCAUACAGAAAAAGAAAUUUUACAAUAUACAGGUAAGUUACCUAUAGAUUCUUAUGAAAUUGAACUAGCUAUUAAUUCAUGUGAUUGGAAAAAGUAUGAAGAAAAAAAAGAUUAA